AUGUCGUCUUUACUCCGAAAUAACUAUGCACUUAUGAUGUUCUACGUGCGAGAGAGGCUGUGGCGCCACGCGGAGCUUGUCUGCACCGAGACCAUUAAGAGCACUGACAGUUGGGUCUUGCGUGUUUGGCGUGCGCUGUGCUACGACCAGCAGGGUCAAUCGAACGAGGCAUUGCGUGAGUAUAAGGCCGCGGAACAGCGUCGGGAAACCAAUAUUCCUGCGUUGAUGGGGAUUGCGCUCAUAUACCGCAGGAACAAGGAUACGGAGGGACUUUCUUUGGUAGAACGUUCCUUGGGUGACAGUUCUCACGCAAAUGAUGUGGACGGAUGGGUACAGGCGGCUGCGCUUGCGUGGGCUGCUGGUGACACCAGCGGAGCACGUGACAUUCUUAUGCGCUUUCAGGAUGGCUUUGAUGAGCACCGUGAUGAGUAUACAAACCUCGCGACGGUGCGAGCCUGGGUGGACCUCAGCACAGGCCGUGGUGCCUUUUUGGAGAAGAGCGGUGCGCUUCUUCGGAAAGUCAUGGAGAUGGAGGAUCAGGACGGGCAAACGAUGGACUUGGAUGCCGCAAUGGGUCGUGUUGUGUUUUAUGAGCGCAAAUUCCAGUUUUUUCUUGCACAACAACUGCUAAACAAGCUUAUUGUGAGUCGCCCGAACUUCACCCCAGCCCUUGUAGUGAAGGCGCGACACCUCAUGAAGGCGGAGGACUGGGAUCAGUGCUGGGAGACAACAAAGCGUAUUCUUGCAAAGGAGAAGACAAACCUCGAGGCUUUGGCGCUCAAUACACUGUUUCUUCUCGUGAAGGAUGCCCGUUAUGAGGACGCCGCUGCACAGCUACCUCGGCUUUUUGAGGCGGUAAAGGAAAAGGAACCGAAGAAUGCGGCGCUCUUUUUUGAGUACGCACGGUGUUUCUCUCGUCUUAGCGGGAAUUACCUGCCACUGUUAGGCGUCACCACGCAGUUUGCGGAGGUUGCCCACCGCAUGGCGUCACAAAGAGGUGACUACUUUGCAGAAUUGGGCUACCAGCAGACGCUUCGUGGUGAAUACAAGGCGGCAAUUGCAACCUUUAAAAAGGCUUCUGCAACGCCCGACAGCAGCAUAACACCUCUACUGGGCCUGAUUCGCUGCCUUAUUCUUACUGGCGACCUUGACGAAGCCGCAAAACAGAUUGAAUUCCCAAACGAGAUUCAGGCACCGAAUCAGCGCAACGCGGAGCUGAGCCUACUCAACGCCAUCUUGCAGUGGCGGCGGCAUAAAAACCAUGCAAAGACCCUUGUUUUUCUUGAUCAAGCUGCAGAGGCCAUUAGACAAGAUGUAGGGACAUAUCAGACCGGGAUGGAACUGUACAUCAGACUUAAUCCCCCAUUGAUGCUAGAUAUUGCAAAGGAAUACAUGCAGCACUGCCGCACGGAGCCGCCAGACCCAACAGUACCUAAGGCAGACCCAAUUGCCGAGAAGUGUAGGCGGCAUCUUGAGUUGCUGCUGCGGCAUGUUCCUGGUUGCCUGGAGGCGCAGCUUCUCCUCUCUCGGAUCUACUUUGUUUCUGGCGACUUGAAUAGAGCACAGACAAUGAUCACUAAAAGUAUUCGACAUGUACAUGUGCUUCCAGAGGCAUUUCUUCUUUCCGCACAGAUUUGUCAGUAUAUUGGCAAUGCAUCACUAGCCUCUCAGGCGUUGGAACAGGCACUGACUUUGGAUUUUGACAUGAAGGACCAGCCGCAGUACAAUUUAUUACAUGGUAUUGUGCUUGGGAUGAUGAACAAGUACCAGAAUGCGUUAGAGGCUCUUCAACUGGCAUUAAAACUCACGAAGGAGAAGUCACGAGUAACUACCAAGGGACGACCGUUGCAACCGCUGAGUUUGCAGGAUCACGUCAGUCUGUAUUUGCAAUUAGCGCAAACCUAUCUCAGAUUGCGUGAUACAGAAGAAGCACGUGCUACAUUGGUCGAGGCAACGGCCAUGUUUAAGGAGACAACUCAGGCUGGGCGUGUUGCGAUUGCGAACGCGAUGAUUGCCGCACGCACAGAUAUGGAUAAAGCCGUUGAGAUACUGAAACAGGUGCCGCCUCGUAGUGAGUUUUUUACCGCUGCCAAAACACGCAUGGCAAACCUUUAUCUCACAUAUCGUCAGAACCGCCACAUGUACGCUAACUGCUUUGAAGAACUUGUCGAGGAGGUUCCGACUGCUCAAAGUUAUUUUCAAUUGGGUGAGGCGUACACAAACAUACAGGAGCCAGAGAAAGCCAUUGCUGCCUACGAGAGAGCAAAAGCGAUGGACCCAGAAAACGCCGAGUUGGCCGUCCGUAUCGGGCGCGCACUUGUGUCAACGCAUGACUAUCAACGUGCCGUUCGCUACUACCGUGACGCGGUUGCUUCAGACGGGGUAAAUUUUACUGUUCUUGCCGAUCUUGCGACGCUCUAUUGGCGCCUCGGUGCCCCAGAUCACGCCAUUUCGUUGCUGACAGAGGCUCCGGCGCAUCAGAGUGAACCGGAUGUUGGGGAAACUGUCGAGCGUGCUAUUGAGCGCGUCAACUGUACACUGCUCAUGUGCAAGAUUUACCGAGACUCCCAGAAGUCAGAUGCUGCGACUGAAGCACUGCUUCGAGCGCGCGGUUUUCAGGAGCAUGUUUUGCACCACAUGAUGCGCAGUGAGACGCAGGAGACGAUUUAUCAGCAGAAGAUUGUCGCUGCAACCAUUGCGCUUGAACUGGGCGGAUAUUAUGCUUCUAUCGGCGACGCACAACGUGCAAAGGAAUUUUACCAAGAGGCGAGGAUGUACGAUGAAUCAAACGAAGAAGUUCUACUGGCAAUUGCACGGUUACUUCUUGAUGGUGGCGACGCAACCGCAUGUGAGGAGCAAUGCAAUGCCGUUCUUCGUAUUAGCCCCAAGUCCGAGGAGGCGGUUGUAAUACUUGCAGAUGUCAUGAUUCGCCAGCACCGUUUUGAUGAUGCGGCCCAACACUUUAGUCAAAUUUUGGAUAAAACCCCGGACAACUACAAGGCGUUGGCGCAAUAUGUGCGGUUGCUGCGCCAUGCCGGACGCCUUGGUGACGCAGAGAAGGUACUUGAACGAGUGGAAGAGCUCGUGCCGCUGGGUCAGCGACAUCCAUCAGGAUUGAGCUUUGCGCGAGGGUUGUACCAUCGUUAUUGCUACGAGAAUCUAGAGGCCCUCCGAGCCUUUAAUGCUGCACGGCUUCCUGUCGAUGACUCCCCGUGGAGUAUACCCGCAUUGACGAACAUGAUUGAGAUGUACCUCUUUUCAUCCAACGAGGAGCUGUGGGUUGACACCGUUCUGCGAGAUGAGGAUAAGAACGAAAAUGUUAGGAUUGCGGAGCGGUUGUUGCUUCAAAUGCCCGACGGGGAGUCGAGGGAUAUUCUUCAGGGUUAUUGCUGGAUGGCAAGCAAAAAGCGAUCUUUGGUGGAGCGGGCUAUAAAGGAGUUUAAGCAAAUUUGCGCCACGAGUGAGACGAUGCAACAGCACCAAAGGUCAUUCAAUGAUGAAAAGGAUGCCAAGGAAGAGGAGAAAGACGAGGAUGAACGACUGCUGAGUGAUGCCAACCGACCACCACAGGCUUCUGGCCGGCUGAAUGUUCCUGUCCGUGUUGGUUUGGCCAUAGCGUACUUCAUCGCGGGUCUUGAGAAGAAGGCGGCCGCUGAACUCAAGCGGAUUGUAUACAUGCCGUUUGACCCCAUCACAAUCGAUGCUGUUCACCGUGCUCGCCUGCUUGCUGCACACAUGAGCAUCCUCAGAGAAGAUCUCAAGAUGGCGCAGGGUAUUCUACAAAAGAACAUUGAGGUCAACAAGAGUUGCCCUCAGACUUGGCUUAUGAUGGGUUCCGUACACGAAAUUGGGAUGAGUCAUGACGAGGCUGCCGAGUGCUACGAGAAUGCCUGGAAACUUACGAAGGAGCGUGACCCAUCGGUGGGGUACAAACUGGCAUUUCAUCGGAUGAAGUCGGGAAAGAUAGUCUCGGCAAUUGAUGUGUGCCGCAAAGUACUGGAGGUGCAUCCCAGUUAUCCUAAAAUACACGAGGUGAUGGAUGCGUGCUGCAGUCUUCUUCGUCCCUGA